GACCGGGUUACCAGCAGAGUCAUGCACAGCAUCUGUAUCCACGAGCAGAAGAAUCAUUUAAAGCCAUAACACAACAUGAAAAUGAAUACGGAGAGAUUCAACCUCACCGUUGACGAAUAUUUAGCUGAAACGAAUGUCCUCUUCUAUCUGAAUGAUGCCGUCACACAGCUGCUUGAACAUAAGGAGGAAUACACACAAUUUGGUGUGGUCCGAUAUUUUGCAGAAUAUUUUACCAGUGUGAAGAAUGGGAAUCAUGUGCUCUUCAGAGAAUUCAGUUACAUCAAGGCAACACCUCAUAACAGAGAAUCCUUCAUCCACAUCUUCUGGAAAUGCUUCAGACAGAUAGGAAAGAAUGGAGAUCUGUUGGCAAUGUCAGAAUACAGCUCACUUUUACAGCUGUUGUGUCCUGACUUUCCUGCUGAGAUGGUACAAAACACUGCCAGGAUUGUCCUGAUUGACGAUGCCACAGACUGUCUAAUGUCAUUCUCAGAUUUUAUUUAUUCAUUCCAAAUCCAGUUCUUUUAUGAAGAGUUUGUGGAGAGCAUCUCUGCCAUUUACCAGGACCUGCUGUCAGGCAAGAACCCGAACACAGUCAUCGUGCCGACUUCCACCUCAGUGGAGCAGUUAUCCAGCUCAGCCAAUGAUGAACCAGACGUUCAGGAGGGUGUAGAUGCAACCAUCUUUUGCGAAUGUAUAGAAGGACUUUGUGAAAGGUUCAAACACAAAUACCCUUCAACUGUUGCCAUUAAGGAGAUAUUAGACAAUACCCAGCGAGUGUCUUUCUACGGCUUUCUGAUGGCCUUGGCCAAACAUGAGGGAAUAAACCAAGACAUCGGGGCUCUUCCCAAUAAACCGGACCUGCUGAUUGACCCAGAAAUGGACCAGGAGCUGGAGAGACUAAUAGCUCAAGUCGCCAUCAGCCCGACGUCCAACAACAACAGCAGCAGCAGCGCUUUGGGACAGAAGGAAAUGUCUAAGAAAGCCUCGCCACGCAAGUCUCUGCACCAGCGGAAAAGGAUCGAAAUGGAGAGCGACGGAUCCACAGAGGAGACAGACUCCUCUGAAAAUUAACAUGCAGCGAUCAGUGCAUUUUAAUUAGUGGCAUUUCUCUCUGGCAUUUCUCUCUACAAGUGUCUCUCUGCAUAUUCUUUGGUCACUACUUACUUUAGAUUUUGUCCAGCUACACUGUAACCAAAAGAAACAAAUACUGAUUCAGAAAAUGAAAUAGCCUGUCAUAGUUCUGAAAUGUCAUUUACUUGAUGUUAUUACUGUAUGUGCACGCAGACUUUUCAUUUUUAAUCAGUCAGCCCGACCGCUUUUAAUGAACGGUUCCAUUACAAAAUC